CACCAUGUCCCUGUCACAAGAACUUGACGCUAUCCUCCUUCGUGCACGACGUGGAGGACUGUUGAAGACCCCCUCAGUACUGCUCUCGGAAGUCGCUCAUACAAUGUGUCGGGAACGCUCUCAGCACACGAACCCAGAAUAUAUAUCUGAAUCUGCCUGUCAUCGUUUGCUCUCAAAGCAUCCGGAAAUAUUUGUGUUGCUUGAGACCGCCGUACAGAGCGGAGUACAAGACGGUCUCUGGCGCAGUUCACAUCUAUGCUUUCUAGGGGAUCAGAUUGCGGCGAAAGACGAUGCAACAUGGACUAAGGUUGAAGACCUCCUUGGACAGCUGUUCGAAGCAAUAUCGACUUUGGCUACCCAGCCUGGACGCGUAGACGACUGGCCCUCGGUUUCCUCAUUCCGGGUGGACAACCCUGAUACGGCCGAAUCAUCUGCUGAAUUCGUGGAAUCUCUGCACUUAUUCAAGGGAUCUGACGGCUUCCCGGCCCUUCUCUUGCACAACCUUGGCUCCCUCAUCGACGAGAAACGGCUGACCGACCGCCUGAGCCACAUAUUCGUCCCAAACGAGCAUACGCUACUUAUCAACUCUUCUGGGUCUGGCAAAACAAGAUUACUUUUCGAAGGUCUUUGUCGACACUGGGGUCUGUAUAUGACAUGCGCAGUUGAUACCUCUGGGGUUGGCUGCCCAGACGUCUCAUACGCAAUAUCCUUCGGAUUACAAAGCAAUAGCUCCUUCAAUGGUGUAGGUGGCCUUGACGAGCUUGAGAUCGCCAGAAAUCGUUGUAUUGCGGAGAAAGUUUUCUCUCUAAUCCUCCUCUCUAGACUUGUCCUACUCUGUCGCUUCCUCGAGGCUGUACCAGCAGCGGAACGGGACACAAACGAAACUCGCAAAAGAUGGUUGUACCUGCAAGUCAUCCCGCAUCGUUUUGGAUGCCAAGGACUGCUGUCCGCCCUUUUUGACGGUCUGACGCCCCUGUCUUCGAAGCGUGUGCGAAAUGGUGUCCAUGAUGCCCUGCAGAAGAUUCGUUCAUUAUUGGGAGUACGCGACUUGCCCCUCUUCUGCGCGGUCGACGAAUGCCAGGUCGCCAGUCAAGAGCAUUAUGGCGCCUUCGGCGACGACAGCUCGACACUGCACCAAAUGGCACUAACAUGGCAAAAAGUGCCUGGUGUAACAGUCAUCGCCACUGGUACGAGCGUGAACAUGGCGCCCUUCGUCGAUCCGGCGCGCACUACCUAUCGCGUUUGUACCGACACAGGCGCAUUCGACGCCCCGGACGAACAAAGGCGAUAUGCUACACGCUAUAUGCCGCCCGCGUUGAUAUCCUCAUAUGAGGGACAGCAGCUUGUGUCUCGUAUCUGGUCGUGGUUGCGUGGCAGGCAUCGCUUUACGGCGGCGUUCAUCGAAUGUCUUCUCAGGACAAAUUUCCAGCAGCCCCACCAGCUUUUGGACGCGUACAUUCGUGCCAAUCUGAGAAUAGAUCUCAUCGAUAAACACUUGACCUCAGGUAGGGCGCGUUUGAGGAGGGCCUCUCGCAAGCUCGUCGAGGACUUCUGUUAUUUUACAGGAGAAAGCCUGGGAUAUGAUCUCGAAUCCUGGUUUUCUGCGCACUACGCCGUACACAAGCUUCUGCUAGGGCAAAGUUCCGUCACUCUCACAGAGAACUGUUUCUCCCUCGCCGCGCAUGGUCUGGCCCACUUUACCCACGCCAUCGGCAAGGAGGUCAGUAUCUACGAACCCACUGUGCUCUAUCCAUUUCUUCGACCCCUGUUUUACGACUCGGGCGUGGUUCCUGGCUUUUUGCCUGACGCUAUGGCGGCUCGGUUAUGUGCCGUGCCCAAGCACAACUCGCUACCUCUUACACUCGCUUCCCUGCUCCUGCACGCGCUCAAGGAUGGACCUCGCCCCCUCACCAAUCUCUUCCUCUUCCCCGGCACAACACCGGAUUGGGCGACGCAGACGGCGGAACUGGUCUGCGUCACUCGCCAAGGGAACAAUGCGUCGAGGACCUGGACUGAUCAAUCAUCAUUCAGAAGGGCGCGCGGCGAGGACGCAUGGAUCUCAGACUCCCCCAAAUGGGCUGAACAGCGAUCCCUCCAGCCGUUCUGUGAAGCGUCGAAGUUCAGCACGGCGGACCUGCUCUUCGUCUUGCGCCUCGCGAACGGCCAGUGCUUACGCGUCGCUGUGGCGACUAUGCUGCACAACGCCCACGUCCAACUGUCGUCUGCUGACAUCGAGGAGAAGUUGAGUAGCCUUGUGCCGUCGAAGCUCUUCCCACCAAAUCUUGCACCGGCGACUGCACGACCUCUCAGCUUACCUCACCUCGGGCAGGAGGCCUCAGCCGCCGACGAUCCCUCCUUGCUUCGCGUCGUCUGUACGUUCCCCUACGAGUUCGACAUCAACGCAGUCGAGCGUGACGGCCACGCGCAGCCCAUAGCUGCCAUCAAUAUGGCGGCAAUGCGAGAGGUCGCGGGGUCCCUCAAGUCGGACGACGUCGCGCGUCGAUUACUCAACGUCCUCACCGGUACCGGUCGUCGGACUGCAAAGCGGAAACGCUGUGAGGACGGCGACGACGACGAACGUCCUAGGAAGCGCGCGAAGUCGAUGGCAGUACAUGUAGCAAAGGAGGCUGAGAGUCAACAGACGGCAAAGGACUUGACUUGAACUCGAAGCAAG